UUCCCUUUUACCAAUAUCCUUCAAAGACAUUCAAUUCUGCGUAUUCAUUUAAAAGCUCAAAUUUGGUUGUUGAUUUUUUUUUUCUUCUCUCGAUUUAAAGUGUACAGAAAUGAGUAUCCUUCAAUACCCAGAUUCGUUUAAUGUGCCAGAGCUUCAGGUUUGGAACAAUGCGGCGUUUGACAAUGGAGAAUCUGACGAUACAAACGCCAUCAAGGAUUCUUGGUGUAAUUUCAAUUCAGGAUCGGUGAAUCAGUCACUGGAAUCUGAUGGAAGUAAAGAAAAUCAGAGCCCCCUUUGGAUAAAAUCCCCAAUUUCCUUCAAAUCUACUGCGUCUGUUGUUAAGCCUCUUAGUUCCAAGAAUGUUACUGGUAACACCAGAGAGCCAAUUUCAGCGAAAAUGAAGAGUGGGGUUUGCAAGGAAGAAGAGAAAAAGCGUGAUGAGAAAAAGAUUGAUAUGGAGAUUGAAGAGAUAGAGAAGGAGGUCGCUCGUUUGUCAGCGAAACUCGAGUCUCUUCGACUGGAAAAAGCUGAAUAUAAUGCCAGAAGCAUUUCGAUGAAAGGAAGAAUAGUGCCUGCGAAAUUCAUGGAGCAAAAACAGAGCAUCAAGAAUCUGGAGACGACGAAAAAGAUGGAAGACCCUCUGUUUUCAAGUGUUAAAGCAAAAAUGAAUCGAAGGGGGGUUAGUUUAGGUCCAACGGAGAUAUUUUCUGCAACGAAAUCAAGGCAAUUCUUGAAACAGGAAACCACAACUCCCAUACAAUCAAUACAGAGUCGCCGCAAGUCCUGUUUCUUUAAGCUUCAAGAUAUUGAUGAAGGCAAGUGCACAAGAGAUAGAGGUAAGAGCUUGAGUCUUAGCCCCAAGUCACGUAAAACUGUUUCCAAGGUUCUUGCUCCUAAGGCGGCAGCGACAACGGUAGGAUCUAAAAGGUCUGUGAAGAAAGACGAGGGGGUUCUUUCUACAAUUCAGCCAAAAAGGCUGUUCAAAGAUGGAGAAAAACCGUUGACAGCAAAGAAGCCAUUGAAACCUGGGAGAGUUGUGAGCAGCCGGUACAAUCAGAUUGGCAAUCAAAGCAAUGGGAAUUUCACGGUGAAGGAUGCUCGAAAGCGAUCUUUAACACAAAACGAUAAGCAGGAGAGCAACAGGCACGAUAAGAAGCGUGUUUCGAAUGAACGGGUAGUGGAAUCCUGCAAGAAUCAAAAGAGUGAGAGCAGAGUGAAAAAGAAGUGGGAAAUUCCUAGUGAAGUGGUCAUUCUAAAGGGUGCAACACAGGAUGAAUCUCCGCAGUCAAUUGAUAAGAUCAACGAUGUGCUACCAAAGAUUAGAACUGUCAGGGUUUGGGCUGAAAGUCCUCGGGAUUCAGGUCCAGCCAAAAGAGUUGCCGAAUUGACGGGACGGAAAUCAUACUUUUCUAUGGAGGAAGAAGCAGAGGAGGACUCUGUUUGUCAAGCUCUGAGUUUUGCAGAAGAGGAUGGUGAGGAACAGUGAUUCACUUUUUCUUUUUAUUUUUUGGUAAGCUGUAGAGUUUGGGGUUUCAGGAUGUAUACCAUAACUAUUGUUAUGGGCUAAGAAUGGUUAUAUUGGCUUUUAAUCCAUACAUAUGUUGCUGAUUAAGCUUCUUGUUUCUCUACAAAUGCAAUAAUAAGAUAAGCUUUUCUCUUGCUUUUUGGGUGAAA